CAGCCCUCCGGAAGCGCCGGCAUUGCUGUGGGCGUCGCGGUGGUGGUGAGUGGUUGCGGCUCCGGCUCGGGUUCGCAGCGGGCGGGACCAGUCGGCGACACUCGGGGUCUCGGGGUCCCCCGUCCUUGCCCGCCCCCCCACGGGUCUGGCCUCCUAGACGGUUUGCUUCAAGUCCUUGGACCGGCUCGAGCUCAAGCCUGGGACAAUGGUGUGCAUUCCUUGUAUCGUCAUUCCAGUUCUGCUGUGGAUCUUCAAAAAAUUCCUGGAGCCUUACAUAUACCCUUUUGUGUCCCCUAUUGUCAGUCGUAUGUGGCCUAAAAAGACCACACAAGAAUCCAGUGAUAAAGAUGAAAGCAAAGUAGACUGCAAGGGUACAGAUGCAAAUGGAUUACUCACAAAAGAACCAACAGAAGUCCCUGAUAAAAAGAAAGACUAAUGUGAUUCUCUCAAGGGCUCUCAGUUAUUUUGCAAUGAACCUGAUUUAUGAAUCACCUUCUUUGUCUCUGACCUUUUUUUCUGAGACCAGAAUUCUAGAUCAGUUUAGCUAAUUUACCUGAUAAGUAAUCAGGAAAUAUAUGGUAUUUAUAUUUAAAAUGUAUGUAGUUAUUUAAUGACCUCAUUCCCAAGUCCCUUUUUCAUUAAAGUAGCUAUUGCCACAUUGUUAAUAUGAAUACAUGGAAGGUUUGUAUCAGGAAACAUGCCAUACUUAAAAUCCUUGGGCCUUUAGCAUUGUUUCACAUGAAUUUAGCUGCUGUUUGCUCUUGCUAUAGGCUCUUCUAGUGGAGUACAUCUUACUGUGAAACAGUACAAUUGAUGUGAAAUAUGACAAAUACAAUUACUGUCAAACAGUGGAGUUUGCCCUUUGAACAGGUAUUUAUUGCUCUGAGGAAGAUGGAAAAGAAGAAACGAGGGGAAACUUCUUUGAAAACUGUAAUGUCCAUGUCAGUGUCUAAUUCAAAAAUUCCAAUUCUGUUACACUCCUUUUCCUGCUAAUGGAUUAAAUAUUCAGUUUAA